GUCUAACUCGUUCCCCUCGUUGUCUCAAACGUUGUUCACAAAUGUAAAAAAAAUACUUAAUAAACGAAUACUGAAAUGUUUUUUUCUUAAUUCAUCACAUUUCAAUUAUAUGUUUGCUUUUGAAAGUUCGCGCAGAUCAAAGAGAAUUCUUAUUGCGAAUUGAAAAAUCUCAAAUGGGCGCUUCGAACUCGGCGCUCACCGAGCACCGGAUCAUCGACGUAAAGCCCGACAAUGUCCCGGAAGAAUCGAUUUUUCCACGGAAUCGAAUCACCUCCCACAAGUACACAUUCUGGAAUUUCAUACCGAAAAAUCUGUUCGAGCAAUUCCGCCGGAUUGCGAAUUGCUACUUCCUCGUCAUGGCCGUCCUCGCUUUCACGAUAAACUCCCCCGUCCUGCCGUCCACGAGUUUGUUGCCUUUGACCUUCGUCAUCGUGGUCACCGGCUGCAAGCAGGGCUACGAGGAUUAUCUGCGCUAUCGCUCGGACCAAAUCGUCAAUCGGACCCCCGUUAAGGUUAUUCGCAACAAGUGCCUCCAGGAAAUUCACUGCGAACAAAUAGUCGUUGGGGAUUUAGUAAAAGUACAACGCGACGAAGAUGUACCGUGCGAUUUAAUAAUUCUUCACAGUAGCGAAAGCACCGGAUGCUGCUACGUCACGACCUCGAAUCUCGACGGAGAAACGAAUUUGAAGACUCUGUUCGUACCGAAAGCGAUUUCUUCCUGGCCGACGGAGAGCAUCGUCUCCUUGGAGGGCAUUGUAACGUGUCAACAUCCUUUGCCGAAUCUUUACGAAUUUUAUGGAAAAUUGGAGAUCCAUUUCGCUGGUGAACCAGUCACGACUUCUCUGACGAUCGAUAACGUUUUGCUUCGCGGAGCCAAGCUCAAGGACACCGAAUACGUGAUAGGGACAGCUGUUUACACCGGACGAGACACCAAGUUGUCACUCAAUUCGAAGAUGACCGCUAACAAAUUCUCCACGGCUGAAAAGUCGAUAAACAAACACGUACUAUUUUUCAUGGCGAUUUUAUUGCUGGAAGUAUUUGUUUCGACGGUGCUGAAGGAAUACAUGAAUUCGAAGGCCAGUUGGGAUAGUUAUUUGGGCAAAGAGAGUUCGCACACGUCGUGGCGAGCGCUGCUCGACGCUUUGUCCUUCACGAUAUUGUACAAUUACAUCGUGCCCAUAUCUUUGUACGUUUCCGUCGAGCUCCAAAAAUUUUUGGGCUCCCUCUUUUUCCGAUGGGAUUUGGACAUGUACGACGCGAAGAACGACCAGCCAGCGCUCGCCAACACUUCGGACCUCAACGAGGAGCUCGGCCAAGUCGAGUAUCUUUUCACCGACAAAACUGGAACUUUGACAGAAAAUUUAAUGAUCUUCAGACGUUGCUUCGUCGAUGGCAAGACUUACAUGGAGAAAGAUUGCGAUGGAAAAAUUUACCUCCUGCCAGCGGACGGGCUCGAGGCGAAUGCGGUCCGAUUGACGUCUUGGCCGACAGAAAUCUGGCACUUGAUGAUGAGCCUCUCGCUCUGCCACUCGGUCCACAUCGCACCGGAACAACUCCAGUCGAGCGUCGCCAUCAAACGAGCCGAGUAUCGUGAGAGCUUUCGCCAGAAGAGGGUAACGAGGGUCAACAGCUCUCUCAUGAUGGAUCCAGCCCUGCCGGAGUAUCAGGCUGCUUCGGCCGACGAGAAGGCCCUCGUCGAAGCGAGUGCGAGGUGCGGAGUUGUCCUGACCAAGUGUGCCGGCGACGAGAUCGAAGUGAAAUCGUCCGACGGGACGCUCAACUUCAAAAGGCUCGAAACCCUCGAAUUCAGCUCCGAGAGGAAGCGAAUGUCGGUGGUCGUGAGGGACUCGGCGGGCGACGUCUGGCUCUACUGCAAGGGAGCGGACUCGGUGAUAUUCCCGUUGACGAGCGUCGGGGCGGUCGACAAAGCGAUUAGGAGCGUGUCCGACUUUUCCAAGAGAGGCCUCAGGACCCUCGUCAUCGGAUACAAAAAAAUGAGCGAACCGGAGUUCAGAAGAUUCUCGGGGACGAUCGAACACGCGCGACAAACAAUCGGCCCGGAACGCACUGCUCGCGUCGAGAGAGCCUACCACGCGAUGGAGAAAGGCCUCACCCUGCUCGGGGUCACCGCUGUCGAGGAUCGUCUCCAGGAAGGCGUGCAAGAAACCCUCGAGAGUUUGAGAGUCGCCGGCAUCAAGGUGUGGGUUUUGACAGGCGACAAAGCCGAGACUGCGGAGAACAUCGCAUUUUCUUGUGGCCACUUCAAACGAGGCACGGAAGUUCUGAGGCUCAUGGAUCAGACGACGGUGCAAGUGUGCUUCGUAGCUCUCACGAGCUUCGAACGCCGCUUGAAGCUGGAACCUCUGAGGCAGUACGGACUCAUGAUGGAUGGCCCGAGCAUGGGAAUCGCUCACAAAAAUUUUCCUGAAUUGCUGCGAAUCGUAGCGACGAACUGCGAUUCUGUCGUCUGCUGUAGAAUGUCACCGCUGCAAAAGUGCGAGAUCGUUCAAUUAAUCAAGAACUUAAAAAAUCGCCCCUUGACAGCAGCCAUCGGUGACGGUGGCAACGACGUCUCGAUGAUCCAAGAAGCCCACGUCGGUUUCGGAAUAAUCGGCAAGGAAGGUCGACAGGCAACGAUGAAUGCUGAUUUUGCAUUCUCCAAAUUCAUGUACCUCAGGAAAGCCCUGCUCGUUCAUGGCCACUGGUAUUAUCUACGAAUCAGCACUUUGGCGCAGUAUUUUUUUUACAAAAACAUAGUUUUCAUAACGCCCCAAUUAUGCUUCGGGUUUCACAGUGGAUUUUCAACUCAGGCAGUGUACGACAGCAUUUUUUUAAUGUGCUUCAAUCUGUUCUUCACGUCGGUGCCAAUUUUAUGUUUUGGUCUCCUCGAACAGGAUUACUCGGCCAAUAAAUUGCUACGAUUUCCACAGUACUACAAACUGAACAGGAGAAAUCGCUUGUUCUCGCCACUCCAGUCUGCAAUUUGGGUCUUAAUCGGCGUAUGGCAAACCAGCGCCAUCUACUUUGGGGCCUACUUUUAUUGGCUCAUCAAUCCAGUGAUAUUGUACAAUAACACGUCAGCGGAUUUCUGGUCGUUUAGCACCUGCAUUUUCCAUUUGGUCACAUUGGUCACUAAUGUACAGAUUCUUUAUCGCAGUUCAUAUUGGACUUUCCCACUGAUAUUGAGUGUCAUUUUAUCGGAAAUAGUUUUUUUCGGUACAACACUCGUUUAUUCCUCGCUGAAAAGAACGUACGACGGCGACAUGCUACGAGUAUUUCAUAAUCUACUUAUUUCACCUUCGUUCUGGUUACUGACCUUCGUUGUUCUAAUCACGUGCAUCAUUCCGGAUAUUCUGGUCAAUGUACAUAACGCUUACAGACCGAUGUUUUUCAACAGCAUGGAACAAAGAUACGCGUCCCAAGAUGACAAUAGCAUUAAUUACAGCGAGGCGAGCUUGACCUCGGAAUCAGAGAAUCAACGACGUUGGAGCUUCAUCCCAUGGAGAGGGAAACUGUCUCUGGGAAAAAACACUUGACACAUGAUUAGUGUGAACAAUUGUUGAGACUCAGUUGGAAAUAAAUGGCGUGCCGAAAUGAAGAGUAGAAAGGCUCGCAUACUUCGCGUUUCUGCUUGUCUGUUGGACCGGUACGAAAACGAAAAUGGAGAGAGAAAAAAAAGGUAUUUUCAUUUCGUGGAAAGCUUAGUCGAAUGUUUACGAGGAGAGCAGCGCCACCGCUACGAUCCCGGCAUUCAAUGUAUAUAUGUAUACUGAUUUUUAACGGUCCCCUCUACCCUCUGCAGUUAUAUAUCGACAUUUUAGUUUAAGGGUUGUUCACAGCGUGCGUAAGAAUCGCAAAACAAAAAUAAGCUCGUGAAGCAUUUCUAUCGUGAUUUCUGUUUUGAGAAAAAAUGGAAUCCACCAGAAUUUUGAACGAACUCGAGCUAAAGUGCUCAAAAUAUGUACAAAUUAUUAUAAAAUGUCAAUCAAAAAUGGAAAAAUAAAAAAUAUAUUCUUACGUA